AUGGAGAGAAAAACUCGUAGGAUGAAAAUGAAGACAGUGGAAAGUUUAGUUUGUUUGGUAAAAUCAGUAGAAAAUCAAUACACCACUAUUGAUUUACAAAACGAAACUUCUGUGUACGGACUCGUUAAAGAAGUUGAUUGUGAUAUGAACGUGACCUUAUGCGAUGUUACUGUUACUGAUCCAAAUGGUCAACGGUAUUCUUGUGAUAAUUUCUUUUUAAAAUCAAGAUUGAUACGUUAUGUUCAUUUAUCUCAAACAGUUGAUGUAUUUCAAGCUAUGAAAGACGUCAUUAGAAAAACCUUUCCUCCUAGAGUCAAGAAACCAACAGCUUAUUCCUUGAAGAGAAAGAAAGUAAUGGCUAGACAAGAAAAACUUAAAAGAGAAGUACAAAAUAUGAAAAAAGAAGACUCUAAAUCCUAG